UUAAAGGAAAACUGUUCUGAAAGAAAUAUGGGGGCUGCUUAUGAAUCAUUGACCCAGAACAUUGAGAACUGUGAAAACUCCGGUCAGGUUUUUACUGUUGUCUGUGGAUUUAUACUCUAUGUUUGUCCUGGUGACCAUUGUCUCUGGUACAGAAACAGGGGCGGACUAACAACUCAUGGGGCCCCCGGGCAAUAGGGGAUCAUGGGGCCCCUGUGUCCUUGCCCGAAACUCAAAAAGCCUAUGAAAAAGGUACCAGGGGCAUCUCAUGGGGCCCCCUACUGACCCCGGGCCCUCUGGCAGUGC